AAAAGAGCAAUUUACUCUCCACAUGCAUCCAUCAAACCUUCCCAUGCACCCGAUCCAUUAAACGUCCGCUCUCGAUUUCUCGAUCAACUUCCUGAGCUCGUCCGCCACCUCAUCGCCCUCGUCCUCCUCCAUCCUUAUCUUCUUGCUCAGCUCUUUGACCCUAACCCUAAACCCCUCCCCACCAAAAACAACCUCUUCUAUAGCUCUCGCCACUUUUUCCCCGUCAAACUCCCCGUUCUCGCCCCUCCCGACCUCCACACCGACCCCCGCCUCCACCGCCAUCCGGCAGUUGAGCGGCUGGUCGUACUUCAACGGGACCCCCAAAACCGGAACCCCCCAACGCUCGGGUGCGCGAGUAUCUCCGUUUGUGGGGCCCACUCUCAAAGGAUCAUUCCUCGACCGCUCGUCGUCGCCCGGGCGGUCCUCCAUCCCGACGGGCGAUCGAACGACCCAUACGAAGUCGACCCUCGCCAACUCGAGCCCUCUCGCCAGCUGGCGAAUUUGGUCCCCCGAGAGGUAGCUUUCGCUCCCAAACGAGACGUAGAGAGUCGAGUGCGGUGCUUUCUUGUCGAGCCACUCGAUGAUGGGUUUGGGUUCCGAGACGUAAUCGGGGUCCGUGACGAGCGGGCCCGUGCGCACGAUUUUCUUUUGGAAAAGGGACGAGAGAUAGUCGAUGUACUUGCUCUCGAUCGCUCGGCACACGCCAAACAUGAACUCGUCCUCGACUGCCAAGGCCGCGUCUUGGGGGAAUUCUUUGGCGUACUCGAUCGCGGCCUUCAACUCGUAGUCCUUGAGGCAUAUGGAGGGGUAGAAUGGGAAAUUGUUGAACUUCCCGUGCGAGUGGUGGUGGUGGUUGAACGAGAGUCCGGCCGAGCUGGACGUGAGGAAAUAGACGGAGGGAAUGUUUUUCGACGCGGCGAGCUUUGCAGACCACGGCUGAAACAAGUCGAAGAUGAGCAAGUCGGGGUU